UCUUCCAUUUCUUCGAGUGUCACACGAUGAGUUCGGGUUGUGAGGAUUCGUCGGUGAAUACGAUGGGUAUUCGUGGUAUCCCAGAGCAAUGCGGAUGUGGUCGAAGAACUGAGAUUUACACAUCAAAAACGAAGGAAAAUCCAGGAAGAACUUUCUUUAGAUGCCCAACGUUUCGAAAUGAUCACUUGUACAAAUGGGUAGAUGAAGCUGUCUACGAAGAGGUUCACGAUGCAUUGCCUAAAGUUGAUUGCUUUGCAUCGGAUUUGAGGAAGCUAAAAAUGGAGAUCGACAACCUCAAAAAUGUGGAGGAACAGCUGAAAGAAGAUGUCAAGAAGGCUAGCAAUGAAGUUAAGAAGCUGAAUGUGAUCAUCAAAGUGGGUUUUCUAGUGGCAUCAGUUUCAUGUAUUGUGUUCAUCAUGAGAAAAUAAGCACUAGGAAUGGGUUGUCUUUGAAAUGAGUUGUCUUUGAAUAUGUCUUGUGUUUGAUUUGUGUGUUUGUGUAAUUCUAAUGGUUUCAAGACUCUUUAUGUUAUGGUUAAUGUAAGACUUGUUUA